AUGGGUGACCUCUCGGACGGCGAGUCCGGUUUCGCGCCCAGCGGCACCCCCGGCCGCUCGCGGAACAUGGAGGCUCUCCUCAGAGCCACUCGACGGCUCCUGACCCAUGACCUGCACCCACCGGCUCUCCAGUCUGCAUCCCAGAAGGUCGGAACAGUGGGUAAAAAAAUGCGCAUUGCCAAGCGCCUCCGGCCUUCACCCAGACGCACCGGCGCCCCGACCCCUGCAACGGCCCGAAAGCGCAAGCGCCGCAAAGUCGCCGCAGCCCCCCGGGAUGCUGCAUCCCCACCAGCCACAUCACAAAGCCGCCCCAGUUUGAGAGAAGCUGAGACCAGAACCGGUUCGCCACAGCACACCGAACUGGUCUCACCUCCCCCACCCGCGCAGCACGAAGUGGCCACGCACUCCCCCCCACCCCCCAGCAGCCUGACACAGCAGGGGACGGUGCGGCAGACGAAAAGAGCCCGCAUACAAGUACGCUCGCCAGUCCCCCCCCCCCUCUCAUCCGCUUCCACGAGCCCUUCCGAGAGCCCCUCCCCCCCGCCAUCGACCGAGAGCACUCCGAGCAGCGAGGACACCUCCUCUCCAGCUUGCACCCGAUCCCCUUCCCUGUCGGAUCGAGAAGCCUCCGAGCUGUCAGAGGGAGAGGAACCUGUCCAGCAAGUCCACCCCCCAGUGGGUGACGUGGCUCCCGAGGUGGCGGAAGUAGAGGAACCGGCUGCUCAACCACCCGCACAUCACGAGGUCCCCAAGUUCCCGGAGGGAGACAAACCGGUUGAGAGUCAACAACUCUCAGAGCACGUGGCUCCCAAGCUCCCGGCGAGAGAGAAAUCUCCCCAGCGACACCACCCGACGGCGGACCAGGUUGACACUGCUCUACCGGAGAGAGGGAAACCGAUCGGACAGCUCCCUUCCCCGGCCGGAACGGCGCGCCCCAGCUGUGUGCUUGGUACCCGCGCCCCCCUGGUCGAGGAUGCGUUCCCACCUCUACCCCCUCCAGGCAAGCCGCCCCUCCCCCACCCUGGCACAAAGGCAAGCCUGCCACAGGCAAGGAGGGAGAGAGACAACCAGCUGAAGGAGUCAGCUGUGGCUCCAAGGAAGCAGCCCAGCGACCGGGCCGGCACACGUGCACUCAGCUGUGCCCCGCCCCCUCCAGCGAUGCGAAACCGCAAGGCCGUCGACAGCGUCCUCGCCGUGCCCCAGCCCUUCUACCUUUGCGGGAACCCUGCGACACUGUGUUGUAUCGCCCCCUCGCCAGGAUGA